GGUCGGCCCCGGCAAGAUGGCGGCUCCCUUGGAGCUCAGUUGCUGGGGAGGCGGCUGGGGGCUCCCAUCGGUACACAGCGAGUCCCUGGUGGUGAUGGCUUACGCCAAAUUUUCUGGUGCACCCUUGAAAGUCAAUGUCAUAGAUAACACCUGGAGAGGUUCAAGAGGUGAUGUACCAGUUUUGACAACUGAAGACAACUUUGUUUCUCAGCCAGCAAAAAUACUAAACUUUUUAAGAAAACAGAAAUAUAAUGCUGAUUAUGAACUCUCGGCAAGACAAGGGGCAGAUACACUGGCUUACAUUGCUCUCCUCGAAGAGAAGCUUCUUCCUGCAGUGCUUCACACAUUCUGGGUUGAGAGUGACAAUUACUUUACUGUGACAAAGCCAUGGUUUGCUUCACGAAUUCCUUUUCCCUUGAGUUUGAUCCUGCCUGGAAGAAUGUCUAAGGGGGCACUGAAUAGGAUUCUCCUGACUAGAGGAGAGCCUCCCCUCUACCACCUCCGAGAAGUGGAGGCACAGAUAUACAGAGAUGCCAAGGAGUGCCUAAAUCUUCUGUCAAACAGAUUGGGAACAUCUCAGUUCUUCUUUGGAGAUACGCCUUCUACCCUGGAUGCCUAUGUAUUCGGUUUUCUUGCACCUCUUUAUAAAGUACGCUUUCCUAAAGUUCAGUUACAAGAACAUUUGAAACAGCUCUCCAACCUGUGUCGCUUUUGUGAUGACAUCCUAAACAGUUAUUUUAGGCAUAGUCUUGGAGAUGGAUGACAAUCUUCGCCAAAGCCCUCAACUUCCUCCUCGGAAACUGCCAACACUUAAGUUGACUCCCGCAGAAGAAGAAAGUAAUUCCUUACAAAGGCUGUCACCCUGACAGUCAUCAUGCUUUGUGUCCAAAGUCAAGACGAUGGUUGCAGUAACCUUACACUAAGUGAGUGAAGGCAAAAAGAAAAUGCCGUCAAUAGGUAUAAGGAAGACUCUAAAACAAAAGAAACUUUCUAUGACAUCUAUUUUUUUUUAAUUAGGAGGCUUGUCUUUUAGCUUGGCAGUGCACUUUAAAUAACGUCAGAGUGAAUGCUACAUGAGCUUGGGGAAAGAAGAACACAGUGUACUGUAUAUAAAAAACCUGCCUCAAUCUUGGCAGAGGUUUGCCUUUGGUUCACGUGUUGCUGACCAGAAGCUACAAUUCUGUUCUGAAUGUGCGCUCUUAAUUUAUUCAAGUUAAUUUAUUAAUUUGGUUUUCUUAGACCAGUCUGAAUAUCUAUGUGGCUCUUGGCUGAGGCUUUUUUCUUCUGUUUAGAAAUCUGAUGCCUAUUUUAGACAUUAGGAAAACUAUAUUAUUCUAAUAUUCUAUUUACUUCAGUAGAAAAGCCUGUAUUUAACUUUAAAAACCAAUGAAGAAUGUGCUUUUUAAUGAUGUCUUUCAUAAGUCUAAUCUUUGGGGGGGUUAGUACCACAUAUAUAGAUAUUAAAGGUGGUUACUAUAUAUAGAUAGUAUUCAUCUGACUAUAUGCAUUUCCAUAUAACAUUAGUAUUUGCUGAUUUGUUCAAUAUAAAUUAGCAAAGGCUCUUUUAGUUUAUUGAGUGAAUGUGGCAGCUUUAGACCUAUGUCUUUGUAGUACAUCCUUAACUCUAGUCAUCUCUUUCUUGGAUUGAUUUCAGGAGAACUGAAUGUGUUGGUCAUCGUUAUUAUGCCAGGCUGUAAAGUCUUACUGAAACUUGCCCAGUUGUUAGACACUACUCAGGAGGAACCCACCGCCAGAGUAAUAGAAGUACCUACUAUGUGUCAGGUCCAAGUUCACCAGGCUUGGCUCAGACCAGUGUUCUUUCAUAAGAAGCAUAUCAUGUAGUCAAAAGCUUUAUGACAACUAAUUGUUUUCCGUAUAGUUUAACUACAGGUGAAGGAUCCAAUGGAAUAAUCAGAAAUAGCAGUAGAUUUUUAAGAAUAUUUUCUAUUUAUUGGUUGCUGAACUGUUAAAGUAUUUGCUGUGCAGGUAAUUUUACUAAAAAUAGAAUCUUGCUUAUUUUAGUGGCUGAGGUGCUUCUGUUGUCCUAAAACCACUUCUGGGGUUUUUAAAAUAUAGGACCAUGUUUUUGAUUACUGUCUUAAAAGAUUACUAUGGUGCUCAGCAAAUCUUAUCUCAUCCUACAAAAACCCUCAUGUUAAGAAAACAGCUUUGUAGUCAGGUCUUGUCUAAUUUGAGCUGAGUGGAGCUCAGCUGUGUUUGACCUGCAUCCUCCCUAUUUGUUCUGUGUUUAGGUAGCUAUUUAUACAGGAGUCUUUAAGUUAUUGUAAAUAGUUUUUCUUGAAAGUUUUAAUUAAAUGAGAAACAAGGUAGUCUUCAAAAUCUUAUUCAUCUGUUUGGCUGGAUUUAGGAAAAGUAAUGAGUUUCACGUUACUUCUGCAGCAGGUGGGAGAGUGCUUGUG